GGAAAAUCGAAAUCCUAUUCCACAAAUAAGAUCCGGAGUCCUCUUCGGUCUUUUAUACGACGCUUAUCCAAAACUCCAAACACAAUGUACCAGGCGGUGGCUCCGCCGCAAGUCUCCAUAACCGCCGCUCGCCGACCGCAACAGAUUACAACAAAGGAUAAGAAGGCCACUCAAGGUCGGAACAUCAAUGUAGGGUUUGGGCAAAAACGAAAGGAGCAAUUAUGGCAGUGCGUCGAGGGAUGCGGCGCCUGCUGCAAGCUCGCGAAGGGGCCGUCCUUCGCCUCGCCGGAGGAAAUCUUCCAGAAUACUUCCGAUAUUGAGCUCUAUAAAAGCUUGAUUGGCGCAGAUGGAUGGUGCAUUCACUACGAGAAGAGCACACGUAAAUGCUCCAUUUAUGCCGAUCGCCCAUAUUUUUGCCGCGUAGAGUCUCCUGUGUUUGAGAAGUUGUAUGGAAUCAAAGAAAACAAGUUCAACAAGGCUGCUUGCAGUAGCUGCAGGGACACUAUAAAAGCAAUCUAUGGUUUCUCGUCCAAGGAAUUGGAAAACUUCAACAAAGCAGUUCAAAGCUCCGAGUCAAUAUAAAAGGCUCAAUUGCUCAAAGGGUCUCGGAGAGCAAGCUUCAAUAUAACAUGUACUUGGGAAGAUAAGAAAUAUGGUGUAUGGCACAUGAUAGCCACUAGGAGAAGCUCUGCACAAAGGAUAUCUCUAGCAGAAAGCUGAGAGGAAAAGGAAUUCUUAUCCAGCAGUUGGAGGCAAAUUACUUUCUUCUUCUUCACUCUCUGAAAGAAAUUAGAUAAAGAUGCUUUGGCAACUAACCUGGUGAUACCUUCCCCCCCUUUUUAUUUUUGAUUCUUUGCUGCUUUUCAUCCACCCCCAAAGAAAGCUGUUAAGAAUAUUCUCUUAUGUAAGCAAAAAAUGUGAGAUAUCUAAAUUCAUUUCUUACUUCAAAAAGAUGUUAGAACGUACAAAUUUAAUGGUUAACCUCUUGGACCACCUGCUUUAAUAUCA